UGUGCGUCGAGAUUCAGGGUUUGGUUCCUCCUCGGCAACUUCACUUUUCGAGUUUCAGCAUCCAAAACAUUUCCGGUUUCUGAGCUCACGGGUUUUUCCAAUUCUUCCCAGACGAAAAGUCUCAGCACGAGCAUUUGGAAUAAUCUGCGUCUCAGCGGCUGGAUGAUGGGUUCUCGGAUCGCCGCCGCUUCUCUCCUGCUCCUCUUGGGUCUGGUGACUGCUUUCGCUCAGACUUCCGCACCUGGCCAAGCUUGUGAGGCGAAGAACGCGACGAACUGCCAGGAUUGUCUAAAAAAUGUGACGUGCCUGUGGUGCAUCACAAACAAGAGGUGUAUCACGUAUCCAGUGAAGACCAUCCUUCCACCCCACGCACUCUGCCCACUGUAUGACGCACGCUGGGGGCUCUGCUGGAUGAACUUCCAGACGUUGAUAAUCACCUUGUCCGUAUUUGGUGGGAUUCUCAUCAUCGCCUUCCUGGUCUGCCUGUUCUGCUGCUGCAAGUGUGGGAACUCUGGAUCCAAAAGGACGGAGGCCAAGAUAGACAAACAGGAAAAUAAGACGAAAACCAAGCAGGAGGAAAGGAGGGCAGAAAUGAAACAGAGACAUGACAACAUCAGGACGAAAUAUGGUCUUAGUGGGAAAAAUCCAUACUCCAAAUUUUAAUGAGGAUGUAGGCCUACACCACGUACCUUCUGUUUUUCCUGAACUCUGACCGCUCACGCAACGGAUAUUAAAAAACACGACCGGCAGACAUGAUCAUUCAUGUAAACUACAACUAAGAAAAUUUCAGAAAAGUGAGAGUUGUUUUGAUAUCUAUAGAUGGAGGUAUGUCGGCUCGUCUGGCUUUCGCCAGCCAAUAAAUAAGAAUGUGUUGUUCAAUGUUAUGACAUAAGAGACGGCAGUGUUCUGCAAAAUAAUGAUAGUCUAUCUUUCUUGCUAUCAGUUAUACUAUUUAUUAGGGUUAACUUUUAAGUUUAAUUGUACAGAAUGGAAAAUGAUCCAGUUUGGUUGCUGGAACAUAUUUUUUUUUCCGUUCUUAAAUCUGUUGCAUCUGCAAAUCUGUUUUGCCUUUCUGAGUUGCUGCUAAUUUAGAGAUACACUUCGAAAAUAAUCUGUUCUAUUGUUGUACUUUGUGUUUUCUUCUCUUGUUCCAAAUGUACUUAACUCUUCAAAAUGAAGGAGGCCAUUUUUAUUGUGGUACUGCUGUAUGCUUUACUGAAAUCAAUAAAUCGUCACCCUUGCUUCUAGAAUUUAUAAAGUAAUCAUUAAAUUAUUGAAUAUUGAAUGUGUUGAUCCGAAAUGUUGAUGAGUUUGCAUAAUUAUACAUUAGCCUGUGUAUCCUGUAAAAACACACAUGCCAAAUAAACGACCGGAUUCAUUAUUUAA